CUGACGGAUGAGUUCGAGACGACGAGGUACUCUAAAUCGAAACCGCUGACGUCUUCAGGCAUACCUUGGCCUGUGCUGACCAAUCCUCGACGAUUCAAGGUGACGGAUCUUGACGAUUGGCAGGCUGUGGAUGGCUUCUUCAAAUUUGCGAAGCGCUACCAGGAGGCGCAUGUGUACAAGAAGAUGGUGAUGAGGGCAAGGCAGAUGUUCCAUCCUGACCGAUGGAAGUCGAGGAGCUUGUUGAAGACUGAUGGAUGA